UUUAUCCAAUAAUUUUCGCUAAAUUCAUCCUUCCAGCUACUCAGGCUUGCCUGCACUGUAACCUAUAUAACUCUGUGGAUGAACAAGAUGUUUACUGCGGCGCAGCACAAGAACAAGCCACAUAUCAGGUUUAUCUCUGCUGUUUCCUCCCAGUGUCUCCAUCUCUCAUAGUGACAUGGGGUUUAUGUGUGGGGGCGUGGUCAAAGGGGCUCAGUCUGAGGGAUUAUCAUUGUAGUCUGCAACCCCCCCCCCCCACACACACACACACACACACACACGCACACACACACACAUGCAAGUACAUGCACACACACGUGCACAGACAAUUUAGGCUGAAUUGGAUGACCACUGAGUUUUUAAGCAUUAUUAACCCCACCCCCACCUUUAUAUAAGCGCACACCCUGAGCAAAAGGGCUUUAAGCGCUGUCAUACACAUCACUGCGUCCCAGAGUGUGUCAGGCGACCACCAAGGAAACAGAAUACUGCAGAUACUGUAAUACUGCUUGGAUGCUGUAAACAGAGGCGGACAAAACACCAGAAAGGCAGCUCUGUGAGUGUGUGUGACAUAAGUGGAGCAAAGAAGAUAAGAUCUUAGUGGACACCAGCCAGUGGAUCAUAAUCAGAUGGAGGGCGAGCCGGCCUAUCUGACUGGAGCCAGAGGAGGAAAGAGAAGCGAGAGAGUGUGCUGCUCGCGAGAGGAGAGGAAGAGGAGGAAGACGUCGGGUGUAGUGGAGGAGGGCCCAACUGGCCAGCAGAGGAACCCUGACUACUCAUCAGUGUCCAGUGUCUCCCACGAUGACCGCAGCUCGGCAGCCAGUGGCCUGGACGUGGCCGACCGGCUGACCUACCUGGAGCAGAGGAUGCAGAUGCAGGAAGAUGAAAUCCAGCUGUUGAAGAUGGCUCUGGCUGAUGUCCUCAAGAGGCUCAACAUAUCUGAGGAGCACCAAGCAGCUGCUGCCUCUGGUGCUGUUAGGAGACCAUCAGGCGUUAAAGCCCGGCCAGUGUCUCUACUUCUGCCCUCCAAACCGCCUAUGGUGAUCUCCAGCACUGCCUCCCUGAAGAAGAGCUCCACGCUGCCCUCCAGCGUCCCAGCCAAGAACUACAGCCCAACACCGCCCGGCAGUGGUGUGAAGAGCCCCCCGGGUAGUGUGAAGGACAGUCCAUGCAAGACCGCUAAACGACUCACCUCUGCAGCCUCCACCUGUAAGAAACCUCCGGAAGGCAGCAAGUCCAAGGAGAGUGCAGUAAGUGUCGGGACAAGGCGUGUGACACACUGCAAAGUGACUAUGCAGAUCUAUCUGAGCCCCCUCACAAGAAAGACUGGAUCUUCUGAGACCGCCAAAUCCCCCGCCGCUGUGCCUGCCAACAGAGGGCCCACGGCCACACCUAACAACCCUCAGGCAAGGGGGGGCAGCAAGCUAGAGGGAAAGAAGACGACCCCGUCCUUCACCUUAAACCUGCAGAAAACCACAACCAGCCAGAGCACAGCGCAGGACACAUCCAGCUACAAGAGCCCCCUCAAAUCACCCAGCCAGUACUUUCAGAUUUGUUACUGAGGGUAGAGAUAGAUUUUCUACACCUUUGUCCGUGCUAUCAAUCACUUGAACAGAAACUGUGAAUAAAGACUUUCUUCCAUUGUUGAUAAAAAAGAGAAUCUGAUUUUAAAAUGGGGAUGAGUGCACUUCUGACACGAUUUACCUCUUUAGUGCAUCCUGACUUUGUUGCUUUUGGGUAUGUGUACAGCAUUUCAAAACAUUUCCAAGUUUGAGUAACUGUGAAUAGUGCUUUAUGGCAUGGCUAUUUAUUAAAAUGAUAGUACCGUUUGAGAGCUUAAAUGUAUUUUUAGCCUCCUCUAAGACCACAGCAGGCAUAGAUCCAGUUCUCACUGCUGUGUGUGUAAACAUUUUCUUUGUCAUUCUAUAUGUGAAUUUUGUAAAGCAAGGAUGUGUCUGUAGUUUUCAUUCAGCACUGACUGUGUUUGAUGUCACUGAGUCCGUCUCAUUCCUGUGUGCUGUGAUGUUUCCUGUUGUUUUGUAGUUAAUGUUACACUUUCAGUAUAACUUAAGUACAGAGUGUACCAGAAUCAGUAAAAAAAAAGGCUCAUUCUAGUUCAGGACAAAAAAUAAAAGAACUAUGAUCACCAA